AUGUUUUAAUUAUAAUUUAAUUUAAUAAAUUAUAAUUGGAUGAAAGAAGAUUAUUUAUAAAACGUUAAUCUCUGUAAAAUAUGCUCGCUAUAACUGGGUUUGUGUUCGCUGCCUCUGCAAUUAUAUGGCUUUGGAAUUACGCCAAAAAACCAUACUCUACUCUAUCGAAAUACAAAAACAUACCGGUACCGAAAGGCGGUCGGUAUCUAUUCGGUCACAUAUUCGAAUCUGCGAAGCACGAGCAUAUUAGCAGGUACGAGUUGCACUUAUUUUCAGAGCUGGGUCCAACUUUUGGGAUUGUCGAAUUCGACACGGCGGUCAUAAUAACGAAAGAUCUCGACCUCAUCAAGGAAGUUUAUUUCAAUUCGUCGAAAACAUUUUCCGGAAGAAGGAAACUAUUUUUACGAAAAUGGAUGAGAUAUUCGCUGGUAGAUCAAGAGGGGAGCGAGUGGAAGAGGAUUAGAAAUCUGCUCACCCCUUUCUUCUCCACAUCCAAACUCAAAAAUAAUUUAUCCCUGGUCAAUUGUUGCUGCAAAACAUUCAUCGGCCAUCUUGAAAAGAUGUCCUACCAGCAGGGUCCCAUUGAUGUUUUGAGCUUAUCGGCAGCAUUCACUCUAGAUUUCAUAUGCUCUUCGGCGUUCGGACUGCAGGUUGAUUCGCAAAGGGAUGGUGAUGCUGGCGAGAACGGUACAUUACUGACGACGCUGAGAAAACUUACCAAUCUGAAUUUCGACGAUCCUUUAGUUUUUAUUUGCUUCACAUUUCCGUUCAUGUCACCAAUUUUGGAAUUUUUUGGAGUCUCCAUGUUCCCGAGCGGAUUCCUGGAAUACUUUGAAACCUUUGUCGAUCAGAUUAUUAGGGAAAGAUUAAAUAGCAAAGAUAAACAAGUAAACAUGCAUAUUUACCAUAUUUAUUCCGUAGGCUUGACGCGCGAAGAGAUCCUAGCGCAGACCUUAAUAUUCGUGCUGGCUGGUUACGACACGACAUCAAGAACUUUAACGUUCGCUUUGUACAGCUUGGCCAUAAACCCAGAGGUGCAAGAAAAAGUUUACAAAGAAAUUGAAGAUACGAUUGGAGAGCAAGAAUCAGCAUCGAACGAAAAGUUGAGCAACUUAACAUACAUGGAUAUGUUUCUCAACGAAACAAUGAGGUGUUAUCCGGCGGCAUUUAGGAUAGAUAGGAGAUUGACAAGCAACAUACAAAUGAGUGAUGGCACGGCAUUGAAGAAAGGAACGAGCAUCGUUGUUCCGAUUUGGGCCAUUCACAACGACCCUCAAAUAUAUCCCGAUCCGGAGAUCUUUGAUCCAGAAAGAUUCAGUCCAGAAGAAUCUUCAAAAAGAAAUCCACUAUACCAUAUACCCUUUGGCAUUGGUGCCAGAAACUGCAUUGGUAUGAGAAUGGCACAGAUGGUGAUUAAAAUGGCUUUGGUUGAUGUCUUGAAGAAUUUCGUUCUGCUACGUAUAGAUGAAACCACGGUGCCACUGAAAAUGAAAAAAUUUACAGCCUUUUUACAACCAGAGAGUAACAUUUACCUUGGUUUACGCAGACGCACAUCGUGAUGAUGAUGACGAUGAUGGUAAUGACGACGACUAUGGGAAUGAUAUCAUCAUUGUGGUGAUGAUGAAUGAACGAAAGAAUGAAUGUAUGAAUUAAUCAGGAUAACAAAUGAAGUUGAUCAAAAAGAUGGCGACGAUGAUAAUAAUAAAGACAAUGAUGGUGAUGCUGAUGAAUUUGAUAGUGUAAUUUCACCCAUUAUGACAAAAAAAUAAUUUCUUUACUGACUAAAUUUUUAAUAAAAUGAAACAUUUAGAA